AUGUCUGCCGUAUUUGCAAAUUCGACAUUGAGCCAUUUGGUUCGAGCAGAAACAUUUGCUGGCACAUUGACUAAUGUGCAGAAUAGAGUUCCGCUAAAGUUAAAUUUGGUUGAACAACUCUGGGCCGCAUGGUAUUCUUAUAUGAAUAAUGACAUUUUGGCAACAGGUCUGCUUUUCUUCCUAUUGCACGAAGUGAUGUACUUCGGUAGAAGUCUUCCAUGGUUUAUCAUUGAUCAGAUCCCCUUCUUCCGCAGAUACAAGAUUCAGCCAACAAAAAUUCCAAGCGCUAAAGAACAGUGGCACUGUCUGAAGAGUGUUUUGCUCUCUCACUUUCUAGUGGAAGCUAUCCCUAUCUGGACCUUCCAUCCGCUAUGUGAAAAAUUGGGUAUUUCAGUGCAGGUUCCAUUCCCUCACUGGAAAAAAAUUGCCAUUCAAAUUGGCCUAUUCUUCUUGGGUGAAGACAUGUGGCAUUACUGGAUGCACAGAUUAUUUCACUACGGUGUCUUUUACAAAUACAUUCACAAGCAGCAUCAUCGUUAUGCAGCACCAUUUGGUAUGGCAGCAGAAUAUGCUCAUCCAAUGGAGACCAUGAUUUUAGGGUUUGGUACUGUUGGUAUGCCUAUUCUCUACGUUCUGUACACCGGACAUUUGCACCUUUUCACCCUCUGCCUUUGGAUUUCACUAAGAUUGUUCCAAGCAGUGGAUUCUCACUCUGGUUAUGAUUUCCCAUGGUCAUUAAACAAGUUCUUCCCACUCUGGGCAGGUGCCGAACACCACGAUUUGCACCACCACUAUUUCAUUGGUAACUACGCAUCUUCAUUCCGCUGGUGGGACUACACUAUGGACACUGAAGCCGGUCCUGAAGCUAAACUAGCAAGAGAGGAAAGGAUGAAGAGCAUUGCCAAUAGAGGUGCAAAGAAAAAUUUGUAG